AUCCCACUCCCUUCUUUUGGUACCAUAUAGCAUAGAAGAGUAUGAUGGAGUGAACACAGGCUCCCUGGUCCAACCCUCUGUGGAAACCAGGCUCUUUCGACGCCUCAUCCUCCCCUCUGAGCUUCCAGCCCAUUCAGCAGGAGCGAUCGCAGGAGCGGGGCUGCACUCCCUGCUCCGGGCUCAGCGCCCCAGUCUCAGGCUCACUGCGCUCCUCUGCCGCCGUCCCAGCCGCCGUCUCGGCAGGAAAAGUUUCUAGAAGGGGGAUCGGGCUUAACCAUAAAAAUGAGCGAACUGGAGGAAGACUUUGCGAAGAUUCUCAUGCUCAAGGAGGAGAGGAUCAAAGAGCUGGAGAAGCGGCUGUCAGAGAAGGAGGAAGAAAUCCAGGAGCUGAAGAGGAAACUCCACAAAUGCCAGUCGGUGCUGCCGGUGCCCUCCACCCACAUCGGCCCGCGGACCACCCGGGCGCAGGGCAUCUCCGCGGAGCCGCAGACCUACAGGUCCUUCCACGACCUGCGCCAGGCGUUCCGGAAGUUCACUAAAUCCGAGAGGUCGAAGGAUCUCAUAAAGGAGGCUAUCCUUGACAAUGACUUCAUGAAGAACUUGGAGCUGUCACAGAUCCAGGAGAUUGUGGACUGUAUGUACCCCGUGGAAUACGGCAAGGACAGCUGCAUCAUCAAGGAAGGCGAUGUGGGGUCACUGGUGUACGUCAUGGAAGAUGGGAAGGUUGAAGUCACAAAAGAAGGCGUGAAGCUCUGCACCAUGGGUCCUGGAAAAGUGUUCGGGGAGCUGGCUAUACUUUACAACUGUACCCGGACAGCGACCGUCAAGACUCUUGUAAAUGUGAAACUCUGGGCCAUCGAUCGACAAUGUUUUCAAACAAUAAUGAUGAGGACAGGACUCAUCAAGCAUACCGAGUACAUGGAAUUUUUAAAAAGUGUUCCAACAUUCCAGAGCCUUCCUGAUGAAAUCCUCAGCAAGCUGGCUGAUGUCCUCGAAGAGACCCACUAUGAAAAUGGAGAAUAUAUCAUCAGGCAGGGUGCAAGAGGAGACACCUUCUUCAUCAUCAGUAAAGGGCAGGUGAAUGUUACUCGAGAAGACUCACCAAGUGAAGACCCAGUCUUCCUUAGAACUUUAGGGAAGGGAGAUUGGUUUGGAGAGAAAGCGUUGCAGGGGGAGGAUGUGAGAACAGCAAAUGUUAUUGCCGCAGAAGCUGUCACCUGCCUUGUGAUUGACAGAGACUCUUUCAAGCAUUUGAUUGGAGGACUGGACGAUGUUUCUAACAAAGCAUAUGAGGACGCAGAAGCAAAAGCAAAAUAUGAAGCCGAAGCUGCCUUCUUCGCCAACCUGAAGCUGUCUGAUUUCAACAUCAUUGACACCCUUGGAGUUGGAGGUUUCGGACGAGUAGAGCUGGUCCAGUUGAAAAGUGAAGAAUCCAAAACAUUUGCAAUGAAGAUCCUCAAGAAACGCCACAUUGUGGACACCAGACAGCAGGAGCACAUCCGCUCAGAGAAGCAGAUCAUGCAGGGGGCUCAUUCUGACUUCAUUGUGAGGCUGUACAGGACAUUUAAAGACAGCAAAUACUUGUAUAUGUUGAUGGAAGCGUGCCUGGGUGGAGAGCUCUGGACUAUUCUCAGGGAUAGGGGUUCGUUUGAAGACUCAACAACCAGGUUUUACACUGCAUGUGUGGUAGAAGCAUUCGCCUAUCUGCAUUCCAAAGGAAUCAUUUACAGGGACCUCAAGCCGGAGAAUCUCAUCCUAGAUCAUCGAGGCUAUGCCAAACUGGUUGACUUUGGCUUUGCAAAGAAAAUAGGAUUUGGAAAGAAAACAUGGACUUUUUGUGGGACUCCAGAAUAUGUAGCCCCAGAGAUCAUCCUGAACAAAGGCCAUGACAUUUCAGCUGACUACUGGUCACUAGGAAUUCUGAUGUAUGAGCUUCUGACUGGCAGCCCACCUUUCUCAGGCCCAGAUCCAAUGAAAACCUACAAUAUCAUACUGCGGGGGAUUGACAUGAUAGAAUUUCCAAAGAAGAUUGCAAAAAAUGCUGCUAAUUUAAUUAAAAAACUAUGCAGGGACAACCCAUCAGAGAGGUUAGGAAAUUUGAAAAACGGAGUCAAAGACAUUCAGAAACACAAGUGGUUUGAGGGCUUUAAUUGGGAAGGCUUAAGAAAAGGCACCUUGACACCUCCCAUAAUUCCAAGUGUUGCGUCACCCACAGACACAAGCAAUUUUGACAGUUUCCCUGAGGACAGCGAUGAGCCACCACCUGAUGACAACUCAGGCUGGGACAUAGACUUCUAAUGUAUUUCUCUUACCUGCUUCUGCCUUGCUGAAGACAGCUUUUUUUCUGAGACACAGCUGCCAGCAAACCUGAGGGAAAGAGAGAAGAUUAGUGCUCGGGGUCACCAUGAUGCCUUUGAUCGAUGCUGCUCCAGUAACUACAGUGGCAUUAGGACUUAUCGCUUAGAUGACGAUAGUGCUCUUUACCUGUUUUAUGUUUGAACCUAAAAUAGCAGUUGACAUGGUGGUCCUGAAGCAAAGCCUUUCACCAGUAAAAUGAUGUUUUCUAUUGUUGCGAUAGCCUUGCUUUGCUCUGAUUAUAUUUUGAAAGAGUGUAGGAAACACUUCAAGUAGAAGGGUCUGCAUCUUGCUAGAACUACCAAGGAGAAUAGAGAAUAAUAUAUUUGGUACGAUAGAUGACUGUGGUACGGAACCUGGGCUACAUUCCCUUUCAUCAAGAGAGGGGUAGAGAGCCUGUGACUGCAAGCUGGGAUAUAUAUUGUACAACGAGGACCACAUAUCUGUGGGUCGCAGAGUUCAUGUCAAACCAGUGCUAGAUGUUUCUGAGUUUCUUUCCGAGCUGAUGACAAGACUGAAUGGUACCUUUUCUUUCUGAUCGGUUCUAAACAUUGGCCCUGAUUUAAAAAGCACAACUGUAUGGUUCUUGUACGAGCCUCCCAUGAUGGGUACAUAGUGUGUUUUUGGAGAUGGGAAAAAAAAAAAAGCAAGAAAACUGAGAAAGUGACAUGGCAAUAUGGAAGUGGGAAAAGGAAUUCACAACACCAUUUCAUAUCUUUAAAAAAAAACAUAUUGUGCUUAUUAUAGAUGGUCCUGGAAAUGAUUAGCAGCCAAUUGGUUUUAUUUAUUACCUAACAUCCUCAAAGUGAGGCUUAAACUAUUCCCUUUUAUAAGAAUAAACCCCUGGGGGGAGGGGUGUGGUAGGGUGGGGAGGAAUUAAGACCCAUCCAAAAAAUAAAAAUGAAAAGGUGCUAUGUCUUUCUUUCUUCUGUGACAUCAGUGUCUGAGUGGACGACACAGAUUCUAAUCAUCAUGUCUAGCCAGAGACUCAAGCAUUUUCACCAACUUUAUUAAAAAUAAACUCCUGUCAGACAUCGCAACACAGUCCAGGUCUCAGAGAGGAAGGAUAUUAAAAAUGUAUUUAAACUAGUCUCUUGUCUUAGGCCUGAACCAAAACAAAAUACAUAUGUCCAGUCUGAAAGCACAAAGACAAGUGUUCAGACUUGACUGUACUAAGGAGCUUUGUUGACUUGAGGCCAGGGAGGAAGGCAAAACCAGGAGUAGAGGGCUGUUCCCUAGAGAAGUUUAUCAGAGUAAGAAGGGGGUAAGAAAAGAAAACAGAAAACUGAUUUCUCAAAAACGACAUUUUUAGCUGAAUCAAGCAGAGGUAUUGCAAUCUUGAAAUUUCACCUGAGCUAGAGAAGAUAAGAUUUGAAGAUAUCAGAUGUACUGUCCUUUUCACGUGAGGAAAAGAAUCAUCAAAUUAAAACAAGAAUGUGUUGUUGGCAGGCCAGUUGGCCACUAUUAUUAAGUGGCACAACUUUCCAGAGGUUUCCCUUGGCAGGUGACAUUUAUUUGUACAGACAAAUGAACAAUUGUCCAAGAUAACAUCCUGAUUUGGAUAUAUGUGUGUUAAUAGAGGUUUGCUAUUUUUCCAGUAGGGUUUUUUUUCCUAUAUAUAUGAAUUCCUACAAAAAAAAAAUGUUUCCAUUAGAUUAUCAUAGCCUAGCCAAUAAAUCACAUGAUUUUUGUUUCAAAUUUCAUCCUUAAAACUUUCAUUGUGCUUAUCCUAUCGAAAUACAAUAGUCUAAAAUUUACAUUUGAAGCCUAAAACUGCUGAGUGUAUAGUUAAGCAGGAAAAAGUUCAAUUAAAACUUUGAUCUGAUGAUGAUGAUGAUUGAAAUCCUCUCUUUCAUAAGCAAUUCUCAAUAUUACUAGAUUUCCCAAAAGAUCUAUAGAUUUCAACAGACUAUAUACAAUAAAAUUAAACAUAUCAUGCUAAAGUUCAGGGAUUUCUGGAGGUUUAUUUAUCUUUUAACUGGCUUUAAAAACAUAAUUCCAUCAUUAUCAUCAGUGUUCAAUAAUUUUUGUUGCAAGAUAGUGUGGUUUAGGUAUGCUAAAGGCUUGCGAAGGUAUUAUAUUAGCCUUGCUGUUAGCAGAGGGGAUCUGUCUCUCUAAUUUUUCAAAUAGUCACAGAUACCCAGGAAUUAGCACAGACCAUGUAUUUAAGAACUGGGGUUCGAGGCUUAGACAACAUGUGUGUGUGUGUCUUGUGCAUGUGCAUGUGUGCAUGGGUACGUGUGCAUGCGCGUACGCGUGUGUGUGUGUGUGUGUGUGUGUGUGUGUGUGUGUGCGCGUGUGCGUGUGUGUGUGUUUGCAUGUGUGCAUGGGUACAUGCGCGUGCGCGUGUGUGUGCAUGUGUGCGUGUGUGUGUGUGUGUGUGUGUGUGUGCGCGUGCGUGAGUGUGUGUGUGUGUGUGUGUGUGUGCAUGUGUGCAUGGGUACAUGCGCGUGCGCGUGUGUGUGCAUGUGUGCGUGUGUGUGUGUACGUGUGCAUGUGUGCGUGUGUGUGUGUGUGUGUGUGCGCGUGCGUGAGUGUGUGUGUGUGUGUGUGUGUGUGUGCAUGUGUGCAUGGGUACGUGUGCGUGCGCGUACGCGUGUGUGUGUGUGUGUGUGUGUGUGUGUGUGUGUGUUCUGUGAAGAAGAAAGUUGUUGCUUCCAGCUCAUGAUUUUCCACUUGUUUUCUUUGUUCAUUUCAUCCACAGUAUUAGUUAGAAUGCCCAACACAAUCACAAGAUAAAGGUGAACUCUAUCUUCCAUGAACGGCUAACAGAAAACAUUCAUCAAAUUUUCAACACUGAAUUUUAAGGAUUUAAAUCUUGUCUUAAUGAAGACACUAGGGCUAUAAUUCAUGGUCAGCUUCCUAAACCACAUUUUAACUUUCUGGACUUUUCCAUGCCCCCUUGGGUUUUGGAUCAUUUUGUUUUGUUGUACUAAAGACCAUCUGGAUAAAAUAGAAAAGUGCCAACCUGUUUGAUUUGCUAACUGACCUUCCUGUUGAUAGUUUUGUGUGUGGGAAAUAGGGCUUCCUGUGUGUCCGAAAUCACAGCAAAACAGCAAACUGCCGAGAAAGGACAUCACAGUGUUUAAGAAGAUCGAACACAUUAGAGAAAAUGAGUUUUGGAAAAUUGUUAAGGUUGAUUUUUUUUAUAUUUGUGAUCUUCUUUGUUUUUUGGAUGUAAACGAGAUCCAUGUAGCAUUUAAAACAAAUUUAUUUUUAUUAUGAUCCUCAUUAGUCAUAGUUUUUUCUUCCUUAAAAUUAGGGAACAUACACGCGAAUUACACAUGUAGAAUAAUUUCUAAACUGUGGAAUCGUCCUCACUUCAUUUCCAAAUGACAGGCUUGAUGACAAACCUAAAGAAGUCAGCUACCAUAUUGAACACAAGUGUAUUAAAACUGACUUUAUACAACAGAGGCGAUUUGUGCAUUAUCCACCACAUUUUCUUUCAGGAUAGGACCACAACAAAUAUUUAUGUAAAUAGAUAUUUUUGUGUGAUAUUUUGUGGUACAUAUAACUUUUUUUAGUGUUUCACAGCAUUAUUUUAUUUUAUUUGUAUUAAAUAAUGUUUUAGGUCCAAGUAGACUUGAAUGGACGUUACAAUUGUUAGUAUUAUUGAAACUUAAGUCAACAGUACUGUCAUCCAUCUGUCCCAUAGUUUAGAACAUGACCUGGCUAUCUGGCGUUGUUGCAAGUGCCUUAAACUCAUGGCAUCUUAUUAAGAAAACAAAUUUGGUGUUAUGCUGCAUGACAAAGACAAACACACCUCAAAAUGUUGUCCUUUCUUAGCUUGCUGCGUUUUACAGUUCUUUCUGCUAACAAUUUAUAAGCCUUUAUUAUAUAAUAUUGAUGAAUUACAGAAAUGAUGAAGUUGUUAUCUUAUUUCUGUUCAAUGUACCAGAGCUGUGUGUCUGUUCAUGAGAUACAGCGUCAUUUCUGUGAAAUGUAUAAAUGUAUGUGCAGGUCAAAUUACUAUAUGACAUACUAUCAGUCUGUAUACAGAUAUUCCUGUUUUGCUAAAGCUGUGCAGACUCAACAAAUUUAAAAAAAAAGUAGCGCAGUCAAAUCCUAACAUAUCUCAUUUUAAGAUUCCAUUAACAAUGGUCAAACCCAAAGGAAAAAUUGGAAAUGACUGCUCACCACACCUCGUUAGGAAACCAACAAUGAAAAUGUACCUUGGUGCACCCCUCAACAAAACAGGAUGCUCUCUCUGAGUUCUCGUAUAUGUAAAUCAUGUAUGAGGCGAGUUUUCAGGAGACUUUGAAAGCAAACCGUUGGAAGUAUGUUGCUAGCCCUCCUCCUUCUCUAGCCCUGCAACGACAGACAGAGCUCUGGGACCUUGGCUAUGACGCAGAGGUUUGGGCUUUCUACGUAAAGGGACAUUUCUUUAAGCAUCAUUUAUCAAGUUUAUUUCAACGUAUGAUGUUUUUACAACUGGUCAGUUCUUUUGUAUUCUUACAGCUAUGGUUAUUUGACUGUCCUCUUACAAUUUGUUCUACAUGAACGAGUCUUUUGUUAGAAUGCAACAAACUGUCAUCUAAUGGUCAUUGGCCACUUGCACUCUUUUGAUGUAGAUUAAAAACUUUUUCAUAACUUAACCUGCUUUGAUUUGCUUUGUAUUUUCCCUGCAGCUGUAAUUGCAGAGUGCCUGUUGGAUACUUUAUAGAGUUGAAAUAAAAAAAAUAAUUACUUUUGAA